GCGGGAGCAGACCCUCUGUCUCUGAGACCAAGAGAGGACUCUGCGGUUUGUGAUGGGUCUGGAUGCUGCUGAGCUGGACUGAGAGCAAACCAGCCUGGCAGGGACGCACGAAGCACCCCCAGCAGUGGAGCCUGGGAAAGCUCGGCUUUCUUGCACCUUGCCCGCAGUCACUCGGCGUCUCCCUGGGUUGCAUGACCCGGUUCGUCCCCGUCUCGGGAGCACAAGAGGAGCUGCAGGAGGCAGGGGCAGGGCAGUGGGGUGGCAGGGACACGCGUUGCCACCGUACACAGCACGCCCAGCAACGCGCCAGCACCGCUCCCAGCCGUCUGCUCCGCGUCCCGGCGCCCGCAGCCUCCGCCGCGGCCCCGGCCCCAUCCAAAUACAUGCCCUUUUCUGCAGACUUUUGCCACCCCCUGCAUCAGCCCGGGGCUGCGGGCAUGCCAGGGGGAACACCAGGACUCCCCAUCCCAGCGGACACCCCCCCUUUCCGCUUCCAGCCCCGCCGGCUCGCCGUGGACUGGCGUCGCUUCAGCGCCAUCGACGUGGAGCGGGUGGCCCGGGAGGUGGACCUGGCCGCCCUCCAGGACCACGUGGCCGGCGUCACCUUCUGCAACCUGGACGGGGAGCGGUGCCCCCACUGCGGGCAGCCGGCAGACCCCAUCCUGCUGAAGGUGCUCAGGAUGGCCCAGCUGAGCAUCGAGUACCUGCUGCAUUGCCAGGAGCGCCUGGGGACCAGCCUGGCCCUGCACGCCCGCCGCCUGGAAGCUGCCCAUGCCGAGCUGGCUUGCACUCGGCAGCGGGCAGAGGAGCAGGCGGUCCGGCUCCGGGGGCCCGAGGAGGAGAGCAGGAGGUGGAAGAAGCUGGUUGCAGCGCAGCAGGUCUUCCUGCCAACCUGCCCCUUCGCCUACCACAAGUGCCACCUCUGCGACAAAGCCUUCAUGGACGACUCCUUCUUGCAAGCCCAUGUGCGGCGCCGGCACACGGAUGCCACUGAGGAAGAGAGGCAGAAGACGAGGCGGGUGAAGCAAAUGGAGGAUGAGGUGGAGGAGCUGAAGGUGAAAGUGCGGGAGGCGCAGCGGCAGCUGGAAGCGGAGAAGACGCGCAGGGAGCAGGAAACGGAGAGAGCUCGCCAGCAAGAAGAGGAGGGCAGGAGAGAUUUGGAAAGGUGGAAAGAGGAGGAGAGGACGAAGCUGCAUGAAGAGAUAGAUGGUCUGAGGGAGCUCUUCCUCACAGCGUUCAAGGACGUGGCCAGCAGGAGCAGUGCCAUGGAGGGGGUAAGCGAGCCCCCCACAUGCUCCUCAAGGCAGAGGCUUCAGGAGCUUCAGGCCAGAGAGGUGGUGGUGUCCAACCUGGGGACCCUGCAGGACAGUGACACCGAAGAGACGCGGUGGCAGACACCAAGCCGGGCAGAGCUGCGGGGCAAGCGGGAGAGGAUGGCAGUGCAGUUGAAGAAAGAGAACAAGACACUCCGCCCUGCCCUAUCCCAGGACCAGCAGGUCGUUACGGACCAUGAGCAUCAGCAGAGGGUUGCCCUCAGCACCUGGCUCAAGGAGCAGCCCAAGGUCACAAGGUCCCAGGAGAAGGCGAUCAAGCUGCUCUCUGCAAGAAAACCUGAAGUGACCCAGGAGGUGACCAAAGUGGUGGCUGUUGAAGAGUUAUCAGACAGGGAGGAGGCCACCCGGGGCAGGAAGCAGAGGCUGCUGGAAGCCCUGCGGAGAAACCCAAACCUCCUGAAGCAGUUUCGCCCCAUCCUGGAGGAAGUGCUGGAGGAAAAGCUGGAGAGCAUGGGAGUCAAGAAGGUUGCGAAGGGGAUCUCCACUCGGACCUACAAAAGCCUCCAGGCUCUGCUCAGGCUGCAGCAGCAACAGAAGUCUGAGAAAUUUCCUGGUCUCCUCCACCUGAGGGAUGAGUUGGGCCGAGCGGUGAUGAGGAAAGUCAGGCGAUGCAAGAAGCCCAGCAGUGCUUUGCCUCGACAGCUCUCCAUCAUCCCAGCUCAAAGCCUGAAGAGCUCCAGGUCCCUUGGUGGCUCACAGCCCAUGGUGACACCAGCUGCAGUAGAGCCUGAAGCCUUGGUGGUACACCAGCCUGCUCCUCGGAGCAGAGCCCACUCCACCCACAGCCCCCCGAGGAUGCCCCGGCGCGCCCUGCGGACCUCCAAAGCCAGCAGCUCCCACCGAGGACUUGUCCCACAGCGGAGCCCCGAAGCAGCACCGGCGGGGAAGAAGCCCACCCUGUCCCCCGUGAAGCUCAGCCCUCAGCGAGAGCCGGCUUUCUCCGCAGCGGUUCAGGGGGAUGAGACUGACUCUGACGGGUCAGACCAGGACUCGCUGGAGGAAACAGCUGGUUCAGGGACAGCCACCUCCACCACGGUGAGGUUCUUGGAGAGACGCCUGGAUGCAGUGGCACAGACACCAUCCCGCAGGGUGAAACGCUUCCCAGACCUGAGCUCGCCAUGGCCAAAAACCAGCCAGCCCACCAAGAAACUCCAGUUCGCAGGUGACAGCAGCGACCUGCAGACCUCCGCCCUGGAGGACCUGGCCGAGCCACCAGCCCCGGUGGCUGCUGAUGCCCCGAGGGACCACCACGGUCCUCAGGACCCCGGGGCUGCCAGGGGACGCGUGGUGGUGACAGGAAAGUGACAAUCCUCUGCCAGCAGCCACUGGAUGGUGCCACAGGACCAGAAACGGGCAGCAGCCGCUCUGCAGCCCUCCCAGGGCUGCUCCUGGGCUCCAGCCACCCCUCUUUUUGGGGCUCUUCCAGACAGCACAGGGGAGAUUGGGUCCUCCCUGGCCAGCCCCUGUGGAUCGCAUCAAGGAGGAUAAAUGCCGCGUUGUCUGAAAAGGAGAAAUUUCUACUUUCCCUUCAUGCGCGCACAGGAGCUGUGACGUGGCAUCUGAAGGUGUUGGGACCUUUCAGAGCCCCCGCAGACUCCUUGGACCUCACCGCCCGUGGGCUGAGAUGUGACUCUCCAUGUCAGAUGCAGCCCAAUGCUUGUGUGCAGCUUUUUUUAUUCUUUAAGGAGCCCAAAAAAGCAGAGUCGGGGAGGUGAGAAAGCAGCUUUCCUUCUCGUUGCAUCUCUCUUCUGUGGCUGCUCCUGGGGGUGAUGGAAAAGGUCUCAUUUUCUGCUCUAGGACGAACCCGGACUGAGUGUGCUCAGAGUAACAAACCCCAGUGCCUGUCUCCUUCCUUCUUUUCCUCUUGAAUCGGUGGAAACUCAAACUCAAAGGAUGAUUUUUAUUUUUUUUUUUGCCCUGUAAACAUGACCACAUAAGCCCGAAUCUGCUGAUAAUGCUCAUCUGUGUAAAUUAAGUUCUUUUUCCUAAUUCUCUCUGGAUUUUGUACACUCGUAGACGUGCAUUUAUGAUCUCGAUCCCUUAAAUGUACGAAAUUUUGAAACAUGCCCCAGGAAAAACCGGCUGGUUUCGGUUUCUCUUCUCUUUUCCAACCCCCUCCACCACUGCUUCAGCCUUUUGCCAUUCCCCAUUUAACGUUUGCGCGUGGAUUUUAAUGCUAGGGAGCAGAACGCCCAGACAGGGUUGGGUAGAACGUGCUCAGUUCAUUUUAUUUCACUGAACAGUAAAAGCCCCUUCUAGAUAACUGUCCCCAAACGUGUAGAUAAACCCCACCCCUAUUUUUUUAAAUCCCCACAUCCCCUGGUACAUGCACAUUCAGCUGGUGCUUACACCCACCCAUACGGCGUGUAUCUAUACCUUGAAAAGGAUUUUUUUCCAUUUUAACCAUUCAAGUUGAAGAACUAUACCUGGCUUGUGUUACUCAUUGCUGACAGUGCUAUUGCCAGCUGUGUUGCUUCGUGCUUAGUUUAACAGCUGUUGUGCUUUUUGCUGAGUGUCGCUCAUGACA